AUGAAGGGUGUCCUCAUUGCUGGCAUCAUCUUGGCAUUUGCUGUUGCAGCUGUAGAAUCCCUCAGCUGUAUGCAGUGUCAUUCAUGGGAAAAUGCCUGUGUAAACAUCACUGUCACUGAAUGUCCAUCAGAUGCCAACACCAGCUGUGUCGGCUCUUCAGUCAGCUCCUCUCUAGGGGGAUACACACAAUUAUAUCAGGACAUAUUCUGCUCAGCGGAGACCUGCAGUGGAGAGACAAACACAACCUUCACUGUCUAUGUAUCCAGUGAAAGCUUCAAGUUUGCAAGCCAGUGCUGCCAAGGACAGGGCUGCAACAGCACCAGCAAUGGCCUGGUCCCUCCAAGGAACGUCUCCAGCAACAUUGAGUGCCCUGCUUGUUAUGGAUCUAACGAGACUUCUUGUACUGAGAGGCUCCAGAAAUGUCAGGGUAUCUCUUUAGUUGCGGAUUUUAAAAAUGACAGGGUGUCUGAUGGGCUAGUGCUGAGAGGCUGCUCCCACAUCAGCGGCUCCACCUGUCAGUUCCUGUCUGUGGGAAACAAGACGGUCGGAGGCGUCAUCUUUCGCAAGUUUCAGUGUGUAGACGGCACUUUAACCUCUGCCUCUCCGCCCACUGCGACAGCGGGCAUGGGGUCUAGAGCCCUCAUCCCCUCCAUGGCUCUCUCCAGCCUCCUCCUUUUGGGCCUGCUGCUCUGA